GAUAAUAUUAUAUUAAUUAAAAUUGAAGUCUAAAGUCUGUGUGUAAAAUAUAAUAAAUUAUUGUUUGUUGUACUCAUAACUGAUACUAUUGUCUAUUAUGCUUAUAAACCAUAGUGAAUUGCCAUUGUUGCUGCGUAACUGUUUUCGGGAAAUUCACUCAAUUUAUUAGCCAGCUUGCCAGCUUGGCUUUCUCAACAUAAUCUCUAUAAGCGCAGCUCGCCGCGCACGCUCACUUACGCAUCGCCAACGCCAAGUGCCGACUGCUGCAGUGCUGAGAUAUUGUUAACGUUAAGUGUCAAUAUUCUCUAUCGUCUUCAUACAGGCGUUAUAAUUAUUUUUAAAGUCGUUUAUUACACUAAUACAUUCAACCGCGUUUAACCGAUACCGGUACUUUUUUUUAUCUAUUAAAUCGUACAAGAUAUACCUCAGCCUGCUCGGGAAAAUGUCCAACAACGACUGUAGAAUUUACGUGGGAAACCUGCCGCCUGACAUACGCACGAAAGACAUACAAGAUUUGUUCUACAAAUUUGGUAAAGUGUUGUUUGUCGAUUUGAAAAAUCAGAGAGGUCCACCUUUUGCCUUUGUCGAAUUCGACGAUCCUAGAGAUGCAGAAGAUGCAGUCCAUGCUAGAGAUGGUUAUGAUUAUGAUGGCUACAGAUUACGUGUAGAGUUUCCACGUGGAAAUGGUCCACAUAGAAGUGGUGGUGGUGGCAGUAGUAGUGGUGGUGGAAGUUACAAUAGAGGAGGUGCUAGUGGUGGAAGUGGAAGAAGCCGGGGUCCUCCAGCUAGGCGCUCUCAGUAUAGAGUACUUGUUACUGGAUUACCUGCGUCAGGAAGUUGGCAAGAUUUAAAAGAUCAUAUGCGUGAAGCAGGAGAUGUGUGUUAUGCAGAUGUAUACAAAGAUGGAUCUGGUGUAGUUGAGUUUUUACGUUAUGACGAUAUGAAAUAUGCUGUUCGUAAGCUUGAUGACUCAAGAUUCAGGUCUCACGAGGGUGAAGUAACAUAUAUUAGAGUAAAAGAUGAUUAUGGUGGUGGAAGCAGUCGUCGCAGUCGUGAUUAUAAUAGUCGCAGUCGUAGUCGCUCAGCUAGCUAUUCACCUAGAGAUCGUGGAACACCAACAUAUUCACCUGUUAGAAAAAGUCGUAGUUAUUCAAGAUCUCGUUCCCGUUCAUAAUAUUGAGGAUAACCAAAUGACUUCCUGUAUCAAAUCAAUGGAAAACAAUUUUCUGAUGAUAAAAAUGUAUUGCUUACUAUACUGGACAACAUCUUUACCCUCUUGUUAAAAAUCAGUGGACAGAAAACAGAAUUCAUUAACUAUGUUAUUCACAAAAUCACUGUACAGCAAUCUGAUCAAUACAUCGUACAUUUUAUUGGUAUUUUUCUUUUUUAAACAUAUUUUGCAUGACCCAAUCAUUUUGAAACCUUUUUUUGGUAAAUAUAACUUAUAUAAUAUUAUUGAAUAAUAUUGAAUACUAUAUAGUCGCACAAUUCCAUUUAUUUAUCAGUAAUUUACUUAAUCCAAACAUGUAUGAUCUUGUGUAUUUAUUACAUUAAAAGAACGSUAUACCCGCAUGUGUUGUCUCUGUCUUACAAGUGCGUAACAUGGCAAAUUUUACACUCAGAAGA